UCUCCCUCACACGCACACACACACUCUCACUCUCUCUCUCUCUCUCCCCCACUCACUCACUUCCAGCCUGGGAUCCUUUACUAGCAUGGGGCAGCGAAAAUAACGGUUCACUGCUUCAGACUUUUUUAAGUAUAAUAAGUUAAUUUCAUAUAAGAAAAAAUCUAAUCUUUCUGCCUCUACAAAAACCUAACGUAGCAUUUGACAAAUUAAUAGUUUUUUUUGGCAAAAUUGUAUUUUUUUUAAAAUCUCCGUGGAUCUAAAAUCUCAUCGUGGUGGAAUAAAGCUGGUAUUUUAUUGGCAUUUCACUGGAGAAAAGCAGAGGGGUCAGAGAGAAAGAGAGAGAGAGAGCGAGAGAGAGAGAGAGAGAAGUUGGGCGAAGUUUAAAGACUUGGUGCGGAUUGCAAUGAAGUGAAGGUGUGUUUAUCUUCGGCAGUAGCAGUGUUGGUGCCGGGACUGGCGCUGCAGCGAGGAGGCAGCGCUUGGCAAGUCUGUGAACUGCACAAGGCUUGAGAAUCAAGAAUAAGCAACUAGAAAGAGCCUUUAUGCCUUUUUUUAUUGUAAAUAUCUAAUCUGGUGCUUUUUUUUCGCGUGAAGAUUACGAUCUGCAGCUGCUUUUCUUCCCCCUCUCCUCUCCCUCCUCCCUUCAACUUCCAACUUACCAACUUUGAAAAUGCACCACUCCAUUUUCACUGUGUUUCUCACGCUGGAUUUGGCGAUGAUCGGCGCUUGCUUAUCGACCUGCAACACCCUCGACAUCAACCAGUUCAAGGAUAAGAGGAUCAAAGCCAUCCGAGGGCAAAUCCUCAGCAAACUGAAACUUACAAAACCCCCGGAACAUUACCCGGAGCCAGAAGAGGUGCCGGCAGAGGUAAUCGCGAUUUACAACAGCACCAGGGAUUUGCUUCAGGAGAAGGCAAACGAGAGGGCUGCCACUUGUGAGCGAGAAAGGAGUGAAGAAGAAUAUUACGCAAAAGAAGUUUACAGGAUUGAUACGAAUCCAUAUAGCUCCCGUGAAAAUGUCAUCUCCGUCCCACAAUACAACCGAUACUUCAGACAUGUGCCUUUUGACGUCAGCUCAAUGGAGAGAAAUGUUUCCAACCUGGUGAAGGCAGAGUUCAGAGUGUUUCGUUUACAGAAUCCAAAGGCAAAAGUAGAGGAACAACGAAUAGAACUGUAUCAGAUUCUAAAGCACAAAGACAUAUCAUCUCCAAGCCAUCGGUAUAUUGAUAGUAAAGUUGUACGGACGAGAACUGAAGGCGAAUGGCUUUCCUUUGAUGUUACAGAGACAGUCAAUGAAUGGUUACUCCAUCGAGAGAGAAACAGUGGCUUUAAAAUAAGUCUACAUUGCCCAUGUUGCACAUUUGUGCCUUCAAGUAAUUAUAUUAUACCAAAUAAGAGUGAAGAGCUGGAAGUUCGAUUUGCAGGAAUUCCUGACAACUACCCAGGAGAUUAUUCUGGCGUGGAUAAGGGAAAAAAGGGUAAGGACCAAAUUGGGAAGACAGCACAUCUCCUCCUCAUGCUAUUACCAACCUACAGACUUGAGUCACAGCAAUCUAGCCGACGGAAGAAGCGUGCACUGGAUGCCACAUUUUGCUUUAGAAAUUUACAGGAUAAUUGCUGUUUACGCCCACUGUACAUUGACUUCCGAAGAGAUCUAGGGUGGAAAUGGAUUCAUGAACCCAAGGGCUACAAUGCCAACUUCUGUGCUGGAGCCUGUCCUUACCUGUGGAGUUCAGACACUCAACACAGUCAGAUACUUGGCCUGUACAACAAUAUAAACCCCGAAGCUUCCGCCUCUCCUUGCUGUGUUUCUCAAGACCUGGAGCCACUCACUAUCCUCUAUUUCAUUGGCAAAAAUCCCAAAAUUGAACACCUUUCAAAUAUGAUAGUUAAGUCCUGCAAAUGCAGCUAAGAAUGAAUACAUCCCUUGAAAAUCCCAGGUUCAUCAGUGUUAAACAAAAGAACAAUACACGGUACUAGUUUGAACUAUUCGGAAACUAUUUUCUUGUUUAACUACCAACAGAAACAAAAGAAGCAAAAAAUGUACAUUGAAGGCUUUAAUUCUAUCCUUCACUUACUAUUUUAGUGUGAUAGAUGAGACACAGAACCUUUAAUUUUUUUAAAAAAAUAAAACACUGGAAGAAUUGUAAGUGUUAAUAUGUGAAAUAAAAGGAGUCCCACUUAGUGGAAAUGCUGUACAGGUCCCGUGCCUUACUUGAUCUCUUGUGUAUUGUUAUGCAGUUGGCAUCCUAUAAAAUUCUUUCUAAGGGCACAAGUAUAAUAAAAUAUAUUGCUGAUCUGUUCAUCGAGGGAUGUGUUAUUGGGUCAAUAUGGCAGAAUAUGGCAAGAAAAUUUGAAAUCAUUUUGAAUGGUCAAAUAUCAUAUUGGCUUGAAAUGCUAUCAGUAAGCACUUGGGCCUAAAAAUCAGAGUGACAGGAGAAAGAAGGAAAUGUUAAGUGAAACACAUAGAAUCCAAAUGUUAGGAUACUUUAUCGAAGAAGUGCCUUCAUAGUAAAGAAUAUCAGGCAAAAUAAAGAUUAGCAUAAUUUGGUGAGAAGGGGUUAACUUUUCAAAAUAAUAGUCAGAUAACACUUUCCUUUCUCCCUCUGCAUUAGUUUUAACAUCUGUAAACAUGUUAACCUCAGAAAUGUAGUGGUACAUAGUCUGUGUGCUGAUUGGGUAAUUAGCUGCAGUGAUCAGCGAUCAGAGGGUAGCAGAUAUUGAAUACAGUAAUUGCAAGUUUUAUCUACUACUUGGUUUGGGUUUACAGAUUUUCAUGCGCAAUUGUGAUGGUCCUGUUCCUGUGCAGGGGGGCAGGUCAGAAGUUCAGAGGUCAGCAUUCACAAUCAGUGGGACUUAUAGUAUUAUGGCCUCUAUUUUUAAUAUCUGAAAAAAACUGGCUAAGCAUUAACUCAGGUGCAGUGAUCUUUCUACCAUCUCUUCAAUCUGCCCUCCUGUUGAGCAAGUCAGUGCAGCGGGAGCAGAUUCCUCCAAAUCCAGGGCAAAUGUAUUUGCAGAAAAUAAAGUAUUGGGGGCUUAUUUUCAUUGCGCUCUCAGGUGUCUGGGCUCUAUCCUUAGAUUUCAUCUUUAAAAGCAGUUAAAUAAAUGUCCCUUGCUCCCACAUAUCAAACAGAAAGUGUUAAAUAACAUUAGCUUUCUCCUUUCUCCAAACUGAUCAUCAAUUUGUAUACAAAAUUUCAACUCUAACUCUGCUAUAAUUUCUGUUUUUAAAUUUGUUAGUGUGAUGCUUUAUUGUUGCCAGUUACAUAUGAGUGAACAAUUAGCAAACACAAAACUGAAAUGUGUACAGUAUUGUUUAAAAAAAAUAAAGAAAUUAGAACUACAACGUGAAAUUGAUGCUUCUGUUUACACCAAGGUUAUAACAUUUUGUCUGCAAGAGUAGCCAAAUACCCAUUCUGUUUUGGGCUUGAAUCGGGUCGACAGUAAAAUUCUAGGAUUGUGUCUUUAUUAUCAUGUUAUAUUAGGGAUGCUAUAAGAUGCUGCAACAUGGAAUAAGAGGGUAUGGUUCUGUGUCUGCAGUUCUUCAUUUGGUGUUGCUCUCAUUUCAAGUGGAGACCAAGUAUUUUUUCAACAGAAUAAAAAUCAUUAGGGUUCGUUGAUCCAUUAAACCCCAUGCUUUUCUGUCAUUAACAGAGUUCCUUCAUGUGCCUUUUGAACACUGGGAUGGGUCUUCCUUCCAGGAGAGCUUCAUUUCUUUCUUUCAUUGUAUAACCACAGAAGACAAAAUAAUAGUGCUAAAUCCUUUGAUACUACUUUGCUGGUGAAUGAGCCAUGAGGCAUGUCUGUUUAGGCUAAAAGGUGGCAAAUCUCAGAUUUCCUCUGCCCAUCACAUUAAAACAUUUCUUCUAGAAUAGAAGAUCCAUGAUUUAAUCUUCCUUUACAAAGUGCUACAUUCUUAAUUAGGAUUUCUGAACUUUCUACCUUUGUUAGCCCAGUAUCCCUGGCUGCUGGAUAAUGCCUUCCUUGGGCAAAUGCUAUUUAAAUCUUCAUCAAUAAACAUUGUAAUAACUGGCAGAGUGACUAUGAACUAACUUAAAAUAAUAGCUUAGAAUAGGUUAUUGCGGACAAAUUCAUGCGACAGCAACCAUUGCUUUAGGAAAAUAGCAAUGAUGUGGAUCAAUUUUUUCAAAAAAAUACAAUGGAGGCAAGAUAGGUUCCCUUCUAUACAGCAUGAUGAUUACCAAGGGAGAGGUGCCUUUCUACAUUGCCUCAGGAGUAUCCCUGGUCAGUAACUAGGGUGCAGCUAGAAAACAGCAUGUAUGCUCCACAUGGUAACACCUCACAGCUGAUAACAGCAGGAAUAUUCAUGUGUUAGGUAUUGCUUGGAGAGUUAUAAUAAAAAGUCAGUUUUAUCAUAAUGUAUGUUUUUUUUUACUUUUAUGAAUUUUAAUUGUGAAAAACCUACCUUAAUUAUUAAUUUCAAAAGUCUUUUAUUAUUAUACCAUGGGAAUAUCCCAGUGUUGUGACUAUUUCCAUUCAUAUCAUAAGUGCAAACUAAAUAUAAGGUCACUAGAAAAAUAUGCAAGAAACUCCGUGCUAAACUUUCACAAGUUAACUCAUGGAAAUAACAAUGACCUUUGACAGCUUCCUUAAGAUAUACAGUGGAAAAUAUGCUGAUGUAGUUUUAUAAAUAAAAUAAAUAUCCAGAUUCUCCUCAUUACUUCUUAUGACUCAUUGAUGUGGAUAGGACAUUCAUUUAAGCCAUUUAAAAAUCCUUGUGCCUGUGAUGCUCAUCAUACUAGAUGAUGAAACCAUGUUAACUAUUUUAUAAUACUGCCUGUUCAUUUUACAUAUUUUCCCAUAUGAUUUACAUUGUUCAUUGAGAUAUAAAGUGUAAAUCAUUUUAAAGGAUCAGUGCCUUCAAAAAAAAAGUAGUUGGCAAAAUGUCUUAUUUGGCAAGUGUGAAGACUCAUGCAUCAUCUUCAUUAUUGUAAUAUUGCCUGCAAUGAUACAUUUUGGCUGGAUUUACAUCUAUGAGGUAAUUGUGUCAUGUGUUUCAGACAAAUGAAAAAAUUGUUUGCCAAAUACCUUUUUCAUGAAGACAGUGGGCUCAAUUUAGUUCUCUUCUAACACUUUUUAAACAGCAGUUGAAAUUCGCAAAAUAUGUAUUGUGGAUAAAUACACGGAAAUAGCUUCUGACAUGUUGAAGCACUUUGGUGAGGGGUAACCUAUCUUUAACACUCUGAGUAUCAUUCAUUGUGGAUGGUAUGAGGAUCUCCGUAUGAAUGGCAUAAUUUGUCUUUUAGCUGUAAUGGAAGGCGAUGGGAUGCCAGAGUUAGUUUGAUUAAUCAAACCAAUCUUGACUGCGCUGGACGCAGCCAAAUAUUGAAUACAUUAAAAAAAAGACCUAUCUCUGUAUUCUGCUCAAUAUUUCUUUCUGCUGCUUUUUUUGCCCCAUUAGGAUGAAGUUUCUUUUCCUCGGGAUUGCACUGAUACUAUUAUAAAGCUUUCUCUUGUAAUGCUGAAGUCUCUGAAUCUAUUGUUUUUUUUAAAAUUGUAUACUUAUUUCUUGAUCCUUCGUAAAUGUUGGACAUUUUAUGAUCUUACCAUUUAGGUGGGAGGGUGGGUGCUUUUUCCUUGUUUUAUCUUACAAACAUACAUUUUUGGUCAAACAUACAUAUUUGUUGGCUAAUUACUAUGUAUCUUAACACAUGGUGUGUCUGUGAAGCCUGCAAAUCUUGUGGUGCU